AUGUUCGUGCUGUGGAUAUUAGCUUCAGUGGUUUAUCGCGGGUUUGCCGAAUCGGCCGUCGCUGCCGAUCCGAUCCCAAACCUUCUUUCAAAAAAGCUCAAUGAAUCGUUUGUGGAAGCUCGAAACUCAGCUUCCCGAAAUUCCUCUUGUCCCGAUGGCUGGCUGUUCUCCCCGGAAUUCUUUUCGUGCUAUCUCAAAAUCGACAACAUGGAUUUUGCUGUAGCCCAGCUUGAAUGCAAGAAAUAUGGCGCUAAUCUAGCAUCAAUUCACUCGGAAGCCGAAAAUCAGUUCGUGUUUGAGUAUGCCAGGCAAAACGUGACCUUCGACGAUGUGGACGAAAAUGUUGUCUUGAUUGGGGCACAGAGGGUUGCUGGAAACUGGACCUGGCUCGAUGAAACCCCGUUCGAUUAUGAGCUCUGGGCACCGGGUGAGCCAAACAAUUGGCAAUAUCCCGGCAACGAGGACGAGGCACUGGUGCGGCAUGAGGAUUGUGUAACGAUAUACUUCUCCCGGGAAUUCGGAUCCGGCAGCGUGGAAAGAGUGGGAAAAUGGAAUGAUAAUGUCUGCAACGAGCCCUCCCUCGUGUCCAUUUGUAAAAAACCGGCAGAGAAA